AUUUUCUUAUUUUCUUUAAAAUGCAGCUCACAUUAUUUUUCAAUCCCACAAAUGCACUUUUGUUAUUUUUAAGCUAUUAUUAUUAUUGUUAAUUAAUUGAAGGGUGUUCGAUCAAAGAGGAAAACUUAUCAACUAGAUUGACUGUAAGGUAACUGUUUGCAAUGAACCCCUGAAGUUAUAAACUUUCUCUGCUGCUGCAUAUAGUAACAAGUACAAUUUAGCACACCAUGAUUGUAGCAACUUUCAAAAUGAGAGUGAAUAAAAAAAAUGCACACACAAACUGACUUUAAAGUAUGAGUACCAUAACUGCAGAUAAAAAUUAACCAUGAACUUUGAUCUAACAAUUUAUCUUGUUUAAAUGUGAUUUGUAUUUUUUUUUUAAAUUUUAUAUAAAGAUAAAAAAUUUACACAAAAUCACAUAUCAAUUUAUGAUAAAACAGUCGAGUUGUAUUAUGAUUGUACAAACGUUAAUACUAAACUAAACUGCUGAGUUUUAAUUUUGAAUUUUAUUAUAUGAAGACAAGAGAGGAAAAAGAAGAAGAAAAAAAAAGAUAUAUACAUAUAUAUAUAUUGGACUUUUAUUAUUUGUUCAGAAACUGGCUAAUAUUAUAAUAAAAUAAAUGGGCUAUAAAUGUGUCAAAUGGAUUUUUUAUGAUGAAAGGAUGGAAGCAAGCAAUGUGGUUGUUAAUUAUGUUAAUUUGUAAAUUAUUAUUUGUAAAAGCAAAUAAUUUAAAUUUUGAUGAUUAUACAAAUAAACAAUUACCAUACUCAGUUAGUGGAUCAAAUGCAUUAGCAAGAUCAGCUCUUGUUGAACGACAAGAAAAAUUACAAUAUAAUUGUGAAGAAAUAAUUAAAUUUGAUAUUAAUCCAAAAAAAAUAUAUGAACCAGAUGAUUUUAAAAAUAUUCUAGUUGAUGAUCAGCACGAAUUACUCUACUGUUAUGUACCCAAAGUUGCUUGUACUAACUGGAAGAGGGUACUGAUGAUUGCAACUGGUAAAUGGAGUGAUAAUGAUCCACUUGAAAUACCAGCUGAUUUAGCACACUCAGCAAGUUCGUUUCAACGUCUCAAUAACUUUACAAUGACUGAGAUUGAAGAAAAACUAUCAACUUAUAACACACUAAUUGUGGUGAGGCAUCCAUUCGAAAGAUUAUUAUCAGCAUAUCGUAAUAAACUUGAGACAAGAGAUGAAAAGAGUUCAAGAUAUUUUCAAACUCGUUUUGGCAGAAAAAUAGUCAAGAAAUAUCGACAAAAUGCAACACAAGAAUCUUUAAUGAAAGGUGAUGAUGUUAAAUUUCCCGAAUUUGUUGAUUUUAUAACUGAUGAUAUUAAUAAUAUGACUAAUGAGCAUUGGAGAACAAUAAGUGAUCUUUGUUUACCGUGUAAAGUUAAUUAUAAUCUUAUCAGUAAAUACGAAACACUUGUUGAGGAUGCAACAGAAGUUUUAGAAAGAAUUGGUGCUUCAUAUAUAACAUUUCCAACGAGACCACUUAAUCGAGAACCAACUGGCCAAAAACUUGAGCAAUAUUAUUCAUCAUUAUCAUUUAAACAAUUGAGAAAAUUAGCUGAUAUUUAUUGGCUAGAUUUUAGACUUUUUGAUUAUUCACUUGAAGAAGUAUUAGGCUUUUCUCUUGCAUGAUAUUCAUGAUAAAUCUUAUAGAUCCAACACUGUGAUUUUAACAACAAUCUAGUUUUCUUUGCAUAAAAAAAAGGUGCCAAUAUACGUAAAUAGUUAAAGAACAAAAAAAAUAUAUUAAAUUAAUUUUU